AUGCACACAAAAGCCUUUUCUCUUUCAUUAGUCUUCAUGGUGAAAAUGGCAGGGACACUUUUCAUGACUUUGCUAUUUGUUGCUUCUGCAUUUGCUAAUGUUCAUCAUUUCAGGUCACCAGAAGUUUACUUUCAAAAUGGGAACUUUGAGGAAAAGCCAAACCCAAGAAACCUAAAGAAAACAAGACUUAUAGGGACAAAUGCACUUCCCAAAUGGGAAAUCAAUGGUAUAGUUGAGUACAUCUCUGGAGGACCACAACCAGGAGGAAUGUACUUCCCAGUGACACAUGGAGUUCAUGCAGUUAGGCUUGGAAAUGAAGCUUCAAUCUCUCAAACCAUUAAAGUCAAACCUGGUCAAUGGUAUACUCUAAUAUUAGGAGCCACAAGGACAUGUGCUCAAGAUGAAGUUUUGAGAAUCUCAGUGCCUUCCCAAUCCGGUGAUGUUCCCUUGCAAACACUCUAUAGCCUCAAUGGUGAUGUUAUUGCUUGGGGAUUCAAGGCUAGUUCUUCUGCUCUAAAAGUUACAUUCCAUAACCCUGGUGUUCAAGAAGAUCCUACUUGUGGUCCGCUUUUGGAUGCUGUUGCUAUUAGAGAGUUCUACCCUCCAAUGCCUACAAGAGCUAAUUUGGUGAAAAACCCUGGCUUUGAGGAGGGUCCAUUUCCAAUUUUCAACUCAACCAAUGGUGUUCUUCUCCCUCCGAAACAACAAGAUGUUGUAUCUCCUCUCCCCGGUUGGAUUAUUGAAUCCCUCAAAGCAAUUAAGUUCAUUGAUUCGAACCAUUUCCAAGUACCGUUUGGACAUGGCGCAGUUGAGCUUGUUGCAGGAAAAGAAAGUGCCAUUGCACAAAUCCUAAGAACAGUUCCAAACAAAGUCUACAACAUGAAAUUCACAAUUGGUGAUGGAAGAAAUGGUUGUCAUGGAUCAAUGAUGGUUGAAGCUUUUGCUGCAAAAGAUACUCUUAAAGUUCCUUUCAAAUCUCUAGGAAAGGGAACAUUCAAGACAGCAAGUUUCAACUUCAAAGCAGUUUCAGACAGAACUAGAAUCACAUUCUAUAGCGCUUUCUAUCAUACAAGAAUUGAUGAUUUUGGAUCUCUCUGUGGCCCAGUUCUUGACCAAGUUAUAGUAUCCCCUGUUGCCUAG